GUGUGUAUUCUCGCGCUCGCUUCGCCAUCUUGUUGCAAUCUUUUUUUUUUUUUUCCUUUUUUUAAAAUACGUAAUUGGGGGGGGAUCUACUUUCUGUUUGGCUGGAUUGGAAAAAAAAAGCUAGCCGCCUGUUUGCUGGAGAACCACACAAGGAGGUUCACACGGGUGUAAGCCCGUGCACGCAACGCUUUAUACCGGGGCACUACUUUCAUUUACCCUCCCCUCUUUUUUCCUUCCCGGACCACCGGGUUCCCUCCCCCCCAUCCCCCAUCCCCGCCCCUGCCGUCAAGGUUUACGCGAAAUGAGUAUCGACACACUUUUGGAGGCAGCCAGGUACCUGGAAUGGCAAGCCGAGCAACAACAAACCAGACUCGAGGACGAGCCGUGUAAAGAGAAGGAGGCCGUCAGCACACAGGCCGAGUCUAAACAUGUGGACCUUGUGGCGUCACCUCUGCCUGUCAGAGCCAACCACAAUGCUUGGGCCGACGACGCUCAGCGCCAGCAGCCGCAUCUCCCUCCUGCCCCGCCGCCCCAUGCCCUCCCACCUUCACAAGUUCCCAUUGCCGUCAUCCCAAUGGUCCCAGUCGUCAAUGCGACGCCAUCUGUCCCCCCCCUUCCACUUAUGACGCCGAUUGCAGCGGCUGCAACGUCGCUCAGCAGCCCCCUGCCUGUCAAGCAGGAGAGCAUCUCCCCCUCUCCGGAGCAAAAGCCGCCGCCAACCUCUCAUCACCUGUUGUGCUCCCCCCAGAUCAAAAUGGAAUCCGUCCAGCAGCAAAUGGACAUAAAGCCCACUCUGUCACAGCCUCAGGUACAGAUUCAAUACCCAGCCUCUCAUCACCUGUUGUGCUCCUCCCAAAUCAAAAUGGAACCCGUCCAGGAGCAAAUGGACAUAAAGCCCACUCUGUCACAGCCUCAGGUACAGAUUCAAUACCCAGCCUCUGUUAAUACCAACGGCUCUGGCUCCCAUCAUGCACUGGUUCCCCAUCACGCUCUACCCACGCCUCAGCCCCGCCCUAACGGAGUGACAAUAGAGGAUAUGAGGGGGAUGGAGGUGAAGAGGAGACCUGGAGGAGCGGGAACCAGAGAAGUGCAUAAUAAGCUGGAGAAGAACAGGAGAGCACACCUGAAGGAAUGUUUCGAGACGCUAAAGAAGAACGUCCCUAACGUGGAUGAAAAGAAAACCUCUAACCUCAGUGUUCUGCGCAGUGCACUCCGCUACAUACAGACCCUGAAACGUAAGGAGAAGGAGUUUGAACACGAGAUGGAGCGUUUGGCCAGAGAGAAGAUCGCCACGCAGCAGCGGCUGGCCGAGCUGAAGAACGAGCUCAGCCAGAGCAUGAAUGUCAUGGAGAUCGACAGAGUCCUCAGACAGACCAUCCAGCCGGAGGACGACCAGGCCUCCACCUCUACCGCUUCAGAGGGCGAAGACAACUACGACCAGGACACAGAUGAGGAGGCCGCCGCCCGUCCUGCUGUCCCAGCCCUCCCUAAACCAGCACCCCACAUCUUACAGGCCCAGCCGCUCCUGGCUUCGCACCUGUCCAUCCAGCACGCCACUCUACCUCUCUCUGGAGUCCUCACCACGCCCGCUCCCUCUGGACCUCCUCCCCCUCAAGCCAUCGCCCCUGCUCCCCCCGCUGGCCCCCCUCCUCACCCACAGCUUCCCCUUCAACCUCCCACCGUUCAGGUCCAGCCAACCGUCAUCGCUCACGCCGCAGUCUCACACCCGUCAGUCAUCCACUCUGUCAGUCACACCCUUCCUGCCAAUCACAAACAUUUAACCCACAUAGCCCCCUCUCCUCGUCCUGCCUCCUCCACCCCUCAGCCCAUCGCAGCGGCGGCGGCGGCACCAGUCACCGCUACUCACCAGCACAUAGCUCAGCCCAUAGGACACAUCACUGUCCACCCGGUGGCUCACCUGGGGGCUCCCCUCACAUCCCACCUCCCGACUCUCUACCCCCAGGGGGUUCCCGUCAGCCACCCCACGGUGGUGGGCCACAUCACCCACACCUUCACCCACCACGCCCUGCCCCACGUCCAGGCCGGCCCUCAAGCUAACACUAACGGGGCGCAGGUGAACAGCACAGCCGUGGUGAGCCAGGGGAGCCAAUCGCUGGGGAAACCCACGGCGGUGCUGGCCCCGCACCCUCAGCUGGUCGGGCAGGCUGCUGUCCUUAACCCCGUUACCAUGGUUACAGUCCCAUCCUUCCCCGUCAGCACGCUCAAACUGGCCUAGAAAAGGAAAACGGACCAAACGGAGAGGGGAGAUGGAUUCAGACAUUCUUUUUUUUAAAUCUGGAUUCAGAUCAUUUCUGACAGCAGUUGGUUUUUGGACGUGUAGUGAUGAGAAACGCUGUGAUUUUUUCUUUUUUUUUUUUAUAUAUUAACAGCCCUGCUGACAGAAACAUCACUGCAGACUCCCUGGGUUCAGAAAACAAGGCUGUGACAUUUGCUUUUGUUGCAAAGCUAGGAAUUUAGUUUGACCUUUCCGCUUCCUUCCUUCCUUCCUUCCUUCCUAAUUCCUUUCCUCAGCAACCAGAAGCACUAACACAAUAUUCCCAGCUCACACUCAGGCAUCUGACUCUUCCUAUCCCCAUUCAUCCUGUCAUUCAGUCAACGGUAAAGCCGUCAUGCGCUGUUAUACUAGCCUCCGCACUAAUGAGGAGGAGAAACUUGAUACAUUUUUUUUUUUUUAAUCCCGUCAUGAUUUUUUAUCCCCUCAUGUCCUCCAGCUUCACCCAAAUCUGAAGUUCCUGAACUAAAACAUCAGAAAGGAAACAUGCUUGAUCAGAUGAAAUAUGCCCUCCUCCUAUACAGCAGCCAGGAAAAGCCUCUGUCCCUAUUUAACACAUUCCCUCUGAUCUCAACCCCCCAACCUGUUUGAGUUGCUGGCUGUUAGAACAGCGCCCCCUGCUGCAUUACUGCAGAGCUUGCAUUGAGAGCCAUGAGUGCCACAAUUGAAUGAAGUUAUUAAGGAAUAAAUGAUUUUUUUUGUUACUGUUUCAUUUUUUAGAUUGAAUUUGAGGCACUUUUGGAGCUCCAUAGCCUUGGAGCGUGACGCACUCCUUUCAGCUCUGAUAAUUGGGCUCAAAUAUCAGUGGAAACUGAACCUUUUCAAGAGUCCCAAAUAUUUUCUUUUUCCCCAUCAAACAGCUGUUCAAUUGAAGAUUGCAGAAAAUAUCCAUCAUUUAGUUUUUAAAACUAAAUCAAUUUGUGUUUCUUUAGAUUACAAAUAAUUAGAAAAAAAAUUUUUUUGUUUAAAUUUAGCAUAAUUAUGAAGUUGCGAUUCCCAUACGUGAUUAAAUUAGUGCGCGUUUUGCCUUGAAGGUUUUUGUGCACAAACACUUCCAGCCUAAACGCAUCAGUCUCUCAUUAAUGUUAAUCUCUCCCUGCAUUAUGACUGUAAAUGUGACUAUAUGUUUUAUAUAUUCUCUGCUAUGAUUAAUCCUACUGUACCUGUAGCAUGGCUGUUUGUCGGUUGUGCCGUUUGCCCCAUGCAUGAUGUGUGUAUGUUUGUGUGUGUGUGUGUAGCUGUUAGCAGGUUAUUUUUUUACACAGAUCUAUGAGAUGCGCCUGUUUGAAUGGUAUCGUGCGUGCCUAUACUCAGUUUCCCUGAACACUGUGACAACUCUGGCUAAACGCGUAUUUGAGUGAACGGAGGAUUUAUGUCUUUUUCCGACAAUUCUUUAUUUUAUUUUUUAUUUUUUUUAAUUGGACUGUGAUGCUGAGUGGAAAAAUAAAAAAAAGGAGGAAAAAAUCCUGUUAAUCUUUUCUGGAUAAAAUAAUAAUGUCUAAUAAUGAAAUGGAGUUUUUUAAUAUUUGUAUGUAUGGAAGUUUUGUAGCCUUGUGAUCGUACGCAUGUUUCAGCAUAUGAGUGUAUGCCUCCUAAACGCUUGAUUUCUUUUGUUUUGCAUGUAGGUUGCAGUUCAGUUCCUUAUCUUUUAAAAGAAAAAUACCUUUUAAUGUUUUGUUUUUCUCGGGACCAUGUACAAUACUGUAUAACGUGGGCAGAAUCUUGGACCUCAUGCUACAUUGAUAUUAUAUAUGAAAUAUAAAAAAAAACAUGUUUUCCCUAUGGAGAAAGUUAAAGUUAUAUCGCCUGUACACUUUGGGCUGCCUUUUAGAUCUCACUGUCCACUGUUGAAAAUAAACGAUAAUGAAAAUGAAUAAAAAAACAUAUUAAUAAUGAAGAAUUAUGCUGAU